AUGUACGCCGCUCAGAAUAUAACGCCAACAGUUUUGGAUGCUAUGAAUGGAAAUGUUUCCGAAUGGUAUAACGAAUGCGACAAUGCCAUUAGAAGGUCAGAAAUAGUUCCUGGAACUUACGAAUAUACAACUGCUGUUUCUUAUGGAAACGUAGGUGAGUUUGGAGAAGGUUCUUCAACAACAGUAGAUAUUGCUUGCGACAGGUUUCAUAUAAUUUCUAUUGACAACUCUUUCUUAUACGUGGAACAAGACAUUGAAAUAAAACCUUCUGCCAAGUUGUCUGACAAGAAAGGUUGCAAUGGAAUUUUCUAUGUCGGAUACCAAUAUGCUCCAGAAGUUUUCAUGGGAUAUAAGAUAUAUUCUAACUCUGACUUAGUUCAAACAGUAACAUGGGCAAACUAUGAAUGGUUCGCUUUGAGAAACUCAGUACAACCACAAGCUAGAGAACAAACAGACCAGUAUGCAACUAUUGAGAAAAUAAGAAGACUUGACCCUAACGUUCCAGGAGUUUAUGUUGACCUUUCUGGACAAACUGCAGCAGCAGUAACCAAAGUAAAACUGAAACUUAGAGUUCCUUUGUCAUCUUUCCUCAUCUUCAGGUUUUUAAGAUACUUGCCAAACUGGGCAGGAAAAAUUUCUAUCGAACUUACUCCAAGCAAAAAUAACUUAGUCAUUGCACCAACACAAGACCCAUUCACUCUUACAGAAGUAGUGGGAACAAAUAAAAUGUCAUUCGCCGACUUUUGCAAAAACAAAGUUGACUUAGACUUUGGUUUCUCAAACCUCAACACUGAAGUAAACUAUUAUUUCAAUGCUGCUGGAGAUGCUUGGGACCCAGUUAA